AUGCAUCCCCAGAUCCGUUCGAUGUCGAAUCGAACUGUUCGCGGAAUCUAUUUGCAUUUUCUUUCCUAUAUCAACAACAACGAAGUCCUUUCUUGGACGUCUCUCCUCAGUAUCGAGGCUACCAUCCUUCAACAUCGCCUACGCAAGGUGGUCCACGCGGGUGGCGAUUUUCUUUUUCAUUCUAUCUAUCUAUCUAUCUAUCUAUCUAUUUUUAUUAUUUUUCUCAGUUUCUUUUUCAUUCUAUCUAUCUAUCUAUCUAUCUAUCUAUCUAUUUUUAUUAUUUUUUCUCAUCUUUUUUUUAUUUUAUCUAUCUAUCUUUAUCUAUUUUUAUUAUUUUCUCUAUUUCUAUUUAUUCUAUCUAUCUAUCUAUUUUUAUUAUUUUUCUCAGUUUCUUUUUCAUUCUAUCUAUCUAUCUAUCUAUCUAUCUAUUUUUAUUAUUUUUCUCAGUUUCUUUUUCAUUCUAUCUAUCUAUCUAUUUUUAUUAUUUUUCUCAGUUUCUUUUUCAUUCUAUCUAUCUAUCUAUCUAUUUUUAUUAUUUUUCUCAGUUUCUUUUUCAUUCUAUCUAUCUAUCUAUCUAUCUAUCUAUUUUUAUUAUUUUUCUCAGUUUCUUUUUUCAUUCUAUCUAUCUAUCUAUCUAUCUAUCUUAUUAUUUUUUUAUUAGUUUCUUUUCAUUCUCAUCUAUCUAUCUAUCUAUCUAUCUAUUUUUAUUAUUUUUCUCAGUUUCUUUUUCAUUCUAUCUAUCUAUCUAUCUAUCUAUCUAUCUAUCUAAAUCUUCUUCAUUAUCUUUCUCAAUUUUUAUUAUAUAUCUAUCUACAUUUUUCCAGUAUCUUUCUCGGUUUCUUUUUCAUUAUAUAUCUUAAUCUUUUCUCAUUACCUUUCUCCGUAUUUUAUCAUCUAUCUUUUUCAUUAUAUCUCAUUUUUCCUUAUCUAUUUAUCUAUCUGUCGAUCUUUUUCAUAAUCUUUCGCAGUUUCUUUUUCAUUAUCUAUAUAUCUAUCUUUUUUCAUUAUCUUAGUUUCUUUUCCAUUAUCUAUCUCAAUGGACACUCCCCUUACGUUUGUCGUCUGUACACAUUUCUUUUUUUUUUUUUAUACUCCUGCAUUGGCCGGAAAGGCAUUACUAGUUCCCUGGUAAGUUCAAGAUACUUGUAUCUAUUUUUUCUUUCUUUCUUUUUCUUUCUUUCUUUCUUUCUUUCUUUCUUUCUUUCUCCUCCUUCUUCUCCCACUCCACCUCGCUCCGCCCCCGUGCUUGAAAGGGCGCGAAUAGAUGGGGUGCUAGGUAGGAAGUGCCCACGUGAUGUGUUUGUUGUGCCACGUGGUCGUCGUAAUAACAAUAGACGAAAUGUGGGCAAAACACGAAGACAUGGGAGAGAUAGAGACAGCGUCGGCAGCAGUGGCGUCAGUGGCACAGCGGCGAAUAAGUGUUCGGGAUUUUCUCCGUCGUUUUUUAAUCUCUGUCGUUUCACAUUCCGAAAACGUAUUUCUUUCUUUCUUUCUUUCUUUCUUUCUUUCUUUCUUUCUUUCAUCGACUUUUCCUUUCUUUCUUUUUCUUUCUUUCUUUCUUUCUUUCUUUCUUUCUUUCUUUCUUUCUUUCUUUCUUUCUUUUCAAUUCAUUCUUCCUUUCUUUUGAUUGAUUUAGUUUUUUUUAUUUUUUUCCCCGUCCCCGCUUAUUCUUCCUUUCUUUCUUUUUUCUUUUUUCUUUCUUUUUUCUUUUCUUUCUUUGUUUUAUACUCCCUCACUGACUCCUUCUUUCUUAUUUUUCCUGUAUUAAAUUUGUUUUUCCCUUUUUUCUCCGUUAAUACUAUCCUUUCUUUCUUUCUUUCUUUCUUUCUAUUUAUUUUAUUUUAUUUCUUAUUUCCUCUUUAA